UACUCAUCUCAGGAAAGAGUGGUAAUAGGAAGGUCAGGUGCGUGUAGUCUGCCUAGAAGCUGUACUGCCUUGUGUUUUACAUAAGGCCGUUUUCUCCCCAUAUCACAGGACUCAAAUGUCGUUGUUCUUGCUUUGAAUUAUGGGUGCUGGGAGAAACUAAACGAACCCAUUACUGAGCAAUACACCCACAGCCCAUCGACCGAUAGGAACCUUCGCGUGGGGGGAGUUGGUUACUUUUAGUCUGCACGGAGAGGCGGGGCCUCGCAGGGCGGAGCUGGGGGUGGUCUGUGGGUCCGCGCGCGCUUCGGGUAGUUCCUGGGUCUGAGGAGCUGACGAGACAAGCGGCAGACCCGGCAGACCACAUUAAGCGCUACGUCUCUGCGUGCGCCCCUCCUGGCGCCUCAGAGCCUUGCGCUCGUGGUCCGCGCACCUCUUCCUCCGGCCGCGGCUGCUCCCUCGCUGGCCCGGCAUCCCCGAGCCCCGCGGGCGCCGCGCCUGCCCUUGUUUGGCCACGCGGCAGCCGCGGUGUUAGCGGGUCCUCUAGGGUUGCUCCCGCGGGCGUCAGAGGCGGGGAGGGCGGGCUCCCGCGUAGUGACGGCAGCGCUUGCAGCCGCAGGAGCGCUCCAUUCGCCGCCGCCGGAGGGGCCGGUGACCUCUCGGCUGCCCCACGUCAGAAGCUUAGAUGGCUCAAGCGAAGAUUAACGCUAAAGCCAACGAGGGGCGCUUCUGCCGCUCCUCCUCCAUGGCCGACCGCUCCAGCCGCCUGUUGGAGAGCCUGGACCAGCUGGAGCUCAGGGUUGAAGCUUUGAGAGAAGCAGCAACUGCUGUUGAGCAAGAGAAAGAAAUCCUUCUGGAAAUGAUCCACAGUAUCCAAAACAGCCAGGACAUGAGGCAGAUCAGUGACGGAGAAAGAGAAGAAUUAAAUCUGACUGCAAACCGUUUGAUGGGAAGAACUCUCACCGUUGAAGUUUCAGUAGAAACAAUUAGAAACCCCCAGCAGCAAGAAUCCCUAAAGCAUGCCACAAGGAUUAUCGAUGAGGUGGUCAAUAAGUUUCUGGAUGAUUUGGGAAAUGCCAAGAGUCAUUUAAUGUCGCUUUACAGUGCAUGUUCGUCUGAGGUGCCACAUGGGCCAGUUGAUCAGAAGUUUCAAUCCAUAGUCAUUGGCUGUGCUCUUGAAGAUCAGAAGAAAAUUAAGAGGAGAUUAGAGACUCUGCUUAGAAACAUUGAAAACUCUGACAAGGCCAUCAAGCUGUUAGAGCAUUCUAAAGGAGCUAGUUCCAAAACUCUGCAACAAAAUGCUGAAAGCAGAUUCAAUUAGUCUUCAAACCCGAGAGCAUUUACACAUAGUGGUGUAAAAAUGGUACAAUACUAUUUUAAUUGAUAACUAGUUCUUUGUGUUAGGUAUAGCCACUUAGUUGAUACGGAAAGUUGUCUGAGAUGAGGAAAAUAUUCCAUCAAGUAUCUUCAGUUUUGUGAAUAACAAAACUAGCAAUAUUUUAAUUAUCUAUCUAGAGAGUUUUUAGAUUGAAUUCUUGUCUCGUACUAGGAUCUAGCUUAUUUCACUAUUCUGUGGAUGAAUACAGUUUGUCGGGGAAAACAAGUGCUCAGCUAGGGAUAAGAACAUCAUCACUGCUUUUUCCUGUACUUGGUCUAGCGUGGAAUCAUGCAGUCACCUGGGGCAUUUAGCUGACUAGAAAUUUUUUUUUUUUUUUUGAGACGGAGUGUCGCUCUGUCACCCGGAUGGAGUGCAGAUCUCAGCUCACUGCAGCCUCCACCUCCCGGGUUCAGGUUAUUUUCAUGCCUCAGCCUCCCGAGUAGCUGGGAUUUCAGGCACGUACCACCACACACAGCUAUUUUUUUUUGUAUUUCUAGUAGAGGCAGGGUUUCACCAUGUUGGCCAGGAUAGUCUCAAUCUCCUGACCUCAUGAUCCACCCACCUUGGCCUCCCAAAGUGCUGGGAUUACAGGCAGGAGCCACAGUGCCUGGUCUAGAAAUUCUUUACCCCAAGCAGCACACACACAGUGUUAACAAAGCACUGUGCUUAGGAUAAAAGGAAUCACAAAACAAGAAUCUUUCCAGAGUUGUCUCAUUUAGCAAUGUUAAGGCAUCUAUACCAAAUUAUUCUGGAUAUAUUUAUGUGUCUCAAUAUGAAUGUAGUUUUUGAUACAUGAGAAACUAUGACAUAAAAUGUGAGAAAAUCACCUAUAACUUACCACUGUGAACAAUUAUAUAUCUGCUUCAUCUUUUCUCAAAUGCAUCAAUUCUCUAAAAUUCCUACGUUGUACCUUGCCUUUUUAAAAAAGUUAGAUACUGAUAUAAAGUCUGUUUAAUUGCCAACUUAGCUCUAUUUUAUGUAGUUAUAUCUUUAUCCAUUCCCCUUUUAUGAACAUGUAGGUUGUUCCCUACUUGUUGCUAUUACUGCAGUAUACUUUUGUACACAGGACUUUUUCCUUCUUUUGUUUCUGAUUUUCUCUGUGUAAAGGCCCAGGAGUGAAUUAUAUUCGGUUAAAGAGUAUAUAUGUUUUAAUGGCCUCACAGGUAUUAAAAUUUUAUAAAGGUUA